AUGGAAAGCCUGCCACUCGACACAUCGCACCCCGCCGUGCGCGACUACCUCGCCCUUGUCCGACUACAGGUCCUCACACCGUUAUCUCUGCUCGUCAACAUCGCGACAGUCGUUGUAUGCGCCACGCUCAUCUCACCAGGAAUCGCUGGCAUAGCACAUCUCCACCCGACAAGCAUCACUCCAAACUCGCCUGCCAUAGCAGCGUAUGUUGGAUUUAUCUUCUUGGGGCAGAUUGGGUACUGCGUGUUGCUCGUGGUGGCGAGUAAGGCGGAGACCAAGGCAGCACUAAUCAAGGGCGUCGGAAUGUCGCUCGUAUUCUCUAAUUUUGCCAUGGCGUUGUGGGCUAUUGCAUGGGUGAUGCAAUGGUUCCUUUUAUCCACCGUCCUUCAGGGAAUAAUUCUGCUUCUUCUCCUGUUCUCCAACAUCUCCCUACUGAUCUACCAUCCGCCUAAUGCGUCUCGCCCUCUGGAUACCGCACUUAUCCACGCACCACUACGGUUUUUUCUCAUCCUCCCUUUGAGCAUUCUAUUUCCAUUAUGUCUAUUCGUCACUCUACACCUGACAUACCAUCCCACACCGCCUGGAUAUCCGCAAAGGUAUGAGGACUGGCACGCGAUGGCUGGAUUUGGCGUUCUCCUUGGAACAAAUAUUCUCGGUCUCCUCGUGAUCAUAAUCCGCCGUGACAUAGUCUGGUGCAUUGCCGCCACAUGGAUCGCCAUCAGCAUCUGGAGCGCAAGCCCAAAGCCUGCACCCGUUUAUAUCACUUCCAUUUUAUUCACCGCCCUUCAUCCUCUUGGAUUGAUCCUGUCGAUAAUUUAUGCAAGGUUUUACGGGACCUCUCGGCGCAUCGAGCUUCCUCGAGACGAUGGUCAUCCUGGGCUGUAUGCUCCGAAUCAAAACGGCGGCAGUCAACAGGUACCGGGCCCAGCAGAAAUCGAGCGAGGGCCCAGGGAGAUUGAUGGCGAGAAUUGGGGUUAA